GCAACCGAGAUGUUGGGAGUUUGUUCAAUGAGCCCAGCUCUAGGACUAGAAAGAGACUUGCCCUCCUCAGUGAAAUAGACAGCGAGCUAAACGGAGAUCAGAGGAGAUGCACUUCACAUCAAUAUAAAUACUACAACGUGCAAGACAUGGAGGAUACCUCCCAAGGAUUGACAGAGGCACUGUCAACUGAUUUUUUAGGAAGUAUUGAGCUUGGGGAGCUGCAGCGAUGCUUGUUUGCUGAUUCCCUGGUAAGUGCGUCAGACACAGGCAAGGAACUUGGGGAAUUCUGCAUCAAUAUCCAAAAGACUGUACAUAACAAUCAGCCAUGUUUCCUGGUACAUGCUAACAGCCACGGUGCUAUUGACAGCAUCCCCUGUGGGACCUCAAUUACAGGGUAUGUUACAGCUACGUUUGAAACACUAGAACAAGAUCAUCAUGAAUAUGUGAAGCUUCGUGGCCACAGUCUGGACAGGAAGUCUCACAUGGUGAGACAAGAUGGGCAGCUGGUUGUGAAUAAGAUCACUCGAGAGGAGGAGGAGGUGAGGGAGCAGACAUUUACGUUUCCCCUGAGUUCUUUACGUGGCUUUGUGUCUGAGGCCUCCAACUUACUCAUCCUGCGGAUUUUAGCCCAACGGAAGAGCAUUCCAGAGACCAUGAAGUUUCUGUCAUUUGAUGCAGAGACUCAGAUAUGUCUCUCCACCUAUAGGGAGCUCGGUGUGAAGAAACAGGUGGUGGGGAGAGAGACUGUGGAUGUUUUUGGCAUUGAGAGGACUGUUCAGACAGUGGACGACAUUCCAGCAAUGUGGCAGUGCUAUUUCCUACGUGACGGGCAUUUAGCAAGUAGAGUUCAGAUAGGGUCCCCCGUCAUGAUGAAGCUUCUCAAAAUGCCUGCACUCGUAUCUAGAGAUGAGCAGGAUGACAAACCUGUCUUUGAAAAAAGGCCUCUCGUGUGGGAAGAAGACAUGCAGCUGUACUCGAAAUUCCUCGAUCGAAAAGAGGAGCUGAAGGCGGACCACAUGUCAUAUGUGAGACAUCACCCAGAACUCAGGGCGCUUUUAGCUGACUUUCUGCAGUUCCUCUUGUUGAGAAAACCCCAGGAUGUCUUCUCCUUUGCAAGGGAGUAUUUUGCCCCUUUUUCUUCUCAGCGCCCACCAGGAGACACCUUCAAAGCAACUCGAUCUCUCAGAUAAUCUGGAAAGUGUGACAAUACUACUACUACUGAUAAUAAUUUAUCAUAAUGUAUCAGUGUGCUGACAGAAGUCCUAUGUAAAAUCAUCAAUGUUAAAUAAAAGAGGCUCCGAAUUGAAA